AUGAAGGUGACCGGAAGACAUACAACGCUAAUCGUCUUGCGUAUACGGCCCUUCGCGGCCCCUCUUAAGGGCCCGUCGCGGCCCCUUCGUGGCCCCUUCGCGGCCCCUUCACGGCUCGUCGCGGCCCCUUCGCGGCCCCGUCGCGGCGUGUCGUGGCCCUUCGCGGCCCUCCGCGGCCCUUCGCAGCCCUCGCGCGGCCCUUCGCGGCCCUUCGCGGCCCUCGCGCGGCCCUUCGCGGCCCUUCGUGGCCCCACUUCCCGGCCCGCCCGUGGCUCUUCGCGGCCCCUUCGCGGCCCCCCCUACGCGGCCCCUCCGUCGUCGCCGCCUCCGCAGCAGCGGCCGUCGCACCUGCUGCCGCUGCCGCUUCCGCCACGGCUGGCCGCCGCCGCAGCUGCUGCCGUGACGACCGUCGCCACUGAUGCUGUGCCAGCCGCCGCUGCUCCUUCCGUGACAACUGCCGCCGCUGCAACUACGACAGCCGCCACCGCCGUUGCCGUGACAGCCGCCGCCGCUCCUGCCGUAACAGCUGCCGCCGCUACUGCUGUGACAGCCGCUGCCGCCGCUGCCGUGACAGCCGCUGCCGCCGCUGCCGUGGCAGCCGCCGCCGCCGUUCGUCGCGGCCGCCGCCGUUCCUUUUCCUGCAGUGUGAUAGCAAAGACGAUGUCUCGCUGUACGACCUCACGUCUGGUGCUUCCCCCCCCCCCUGCUGCUGAUGCUGAUGCUACUGUUCGCUCGCGCUGGAACACCCGCGAUGCUGCUGCCCGCCUUGCUGUGCGUAGUCACCUGCCGUCUGCUGAGCGUGCGCACUUCACUCAGUUUAAGACCGCUAAGACCCUGUUCGAUGCUGUCGUUGCGCGCUACUCCUCCCCUGCCUCUGCUGCCCUUAGCCGCCUCAUGCUCCCCUACCUUUUCCCUGACCUCGCCGCCUUUGCUACAGUCGCUGACCUCACUGCACACCUCCGCACUAUCAGGGACCACUUCCUAGCUCUCUGCCCCACCACUCUCACCGUUGACCUCCUCGAGAAGGAGCUCCUUGCAGCUGAGAAGAGCAUAGUCGCUGUAGGAGCCUCUCGAGGUGACCCCCGUACCCCUUUCUUUGAGGGGUGCUCCCCUGUCCCCCUUCUGCCCUCUGUUGCCUCUGCUGCUGCUGUCGACCUCCUUGGCACUGAGUCGGUCGGCGCUGCGUCUGCCCCUGGCGGGAGGCGCCGCAACAGCAAGGGCAAGGGAGGCAAGGGUGCUGGAGGAGCUGGCGGGGGUGGUGGUGGUGGCGGUGGAGGCGGCCGGGGGGGUGGGGGUGGAGGUGGAAGUGGGGGCGGAGGUGGGAGUGGGGGCGGAGGUGGGGGCUCUGGUGGCGGCGGUGGAGGCGGAGGCAGCGGCAGCGGCGGCGGUGGGAGUGGAGGAGGUGGCGGUGGCGGCGGUGGCAGCGGAGGAGGCAGUGGCGGUGGUGGCGGUGGCGCUGGUCGGGGUGGCUCCGUGCAGAGGGGAGGCUCUGGUGGUGGACAGCGUCAGCAGCAGCAGCGCUCUCGUGAGGCCCCGCCGCCCCAGCAGCUUCACCAGUGGUCGGGGGUUCCUAUCUUUGAUCUUGACUAUGAUGCUAUCCUUGCUGCCAUGUAUGUUAUGUCUACUAGUGAUGACGGUGACUGUUACCUGAGUGUUCCGCCCGACCCGGGCGGUGCAGCUGCUGCUCUAGGUGCCAGUGAGUCUGCUGCUCCAGGUGCUAGCGAGUCUGCUGCUCCAGGUGCUAGUGAGUCUGCUGCUCCAGGUGCUGGUGAGUCUGCUCUCUCAGGUACCACGUCUGCUCAGGCGUCGCACACUUUCACCCUUGACUCGGGUGCUUCCCGCUCCUUCUUUCGAGACCGCACCACUCUCACGCCGCUCAGUCGGCCGGUUGCGGUCUCCCUGGCAGACCCCUCUGGGGGUCCUGUUCUUGCCCACUACUCCACUGUUCUACCGUGUCCAGCGGUCCCGUCUGGCUCCCUGUCGGGUCUUUACCUCCCCUCGUUCUCUACGAACUUGGUGGCGGGUGCUGACCUACAGGAUGGGGGGGUUGACCAGUUCACCCCUGCGCGUCAGCGGGUGACCCACUGCACGUGUGCUGACACGGGCCGACACUUGGCCACGUUUACCCGUCGGCCGGGGUCGAGCCUGUACACCCUGACUACCGAGUCUCCUCCGGUUGCUGUGCCUGGUCAGGUAGCUGCGUCGGGUCAGGUGUUUGCUGCAGCGUCUCGGUCUGGUCCUGAGUCUGCCCCCUGCUCGUGUCGCCUCCUGUCCCACGAGACUCUUCUCUGGCACCACCGUCUUGGUCACCCCUCCCUGCCUCGUCUCCGAGGCAUGGCCUCUCGUGUCCUGGUCUCUGGUCUCCCCCGGUCUCUCCCUCCCCUCCCUCCGGGGCCUGCCCCUACCUGCGUUCCCUGCGUCGAGGGGCGGCAGCGCGCCGCUCCUCACUCCUCCGAGUUUCCGCCGACAGAGGCUCCGCUGCAGACUCUUCACAUGGACGUGUGGGGCCCAGCCCGCGUCCGUGGACAGGGUCACGAGCGCUACUUCCUGCUGGUGGUUGACGACUACUCGCGUUACACCACAGUCUUCCCCUUGCGCCGCAAGGAUGAGGUCACUGAGGUGUUGAUCGACUGGAUCCGCGCUGCUCGUCUCCAGCUCAGGAAGAGUUUCGGCUCGGACUUUCCUGUUCUGCGUCUGCACUCUGACCGAGGUGGAGAGUUUUCCUCCGGCCCUCUACGAGCCUUCUGUCGUGCGAGGGGCAUCUGCCAGACGUUCACGCUUCCGGCCUCUCCACAGCAAAAUGGGAUUGCUGAGCGCCGCAUUGGCAUGGUCAUGGAUGUCGCUCGCACGUCCAUGAUCCAUGCGGCUGCUCCCCAUUUUCUGUGGCCGUUUGCGGUUCAGUACGCGGCGCAUCAGAUCAACCUUCAGCCCCGGGUCUCCAUGCCGGACACCUCCCCCACUCUGAGGUGGACGGGGCAGGUUGGCGAUGCGUCUGCGUUUCGUGUCUGGGGAUCUCGGGCUUUUGUCCGAGACUUGUCUCCGGACAAGCUGCCCUCCCGUGCUGUUCCCAGCGUCUUCCUUGGCUUCCCCUCUGACGCGCCUGGUUGGCAGUUUUUGUUAGAAUCUAGUAGCAGGAAUGAAUGA